CAUUCAAUUUAUUUUUCGUGUGGUCUCACGGGCAACAUAACCUGCAAAUUUUAUAAAUAAAUGGGCCACGAGUACGUGAAUAAAGUAUUAUAUUUUAUAAAUUAUAAAUAAUUUAUAUUUAUUAAAGAAUAAAUAUUUAACAUAAUACUUUUUAAAAAUGCCUGUUUUACAAAGAAUUGUAAAACCAACUUCUCAUAAAGGAAAAAAAAUAAUUCUCAAUAAAGAACCAAAAUUAGUUGAAGAUUUAAAAGAGACAAUAUUUAUUAAAGGCAAUACGGCUUCACAAUAUGUUAAUGAUGCUAUGAAAGACUUGUAUACUAUUAAAAAGCCCGAUGGUUUAAUACUUAAAAAGAAAAAUCAAAUUAUUCCUUUUGAAGAUGUAACACCUAUUGAAAGGUUUUGCCAAAAACAUAAUUGUCCAUUAUUUAUGUUCACUUCAAACAAUAAGAAACGUCCACAUAAUUUAGUAAUGGGUAGAACAUUUGAACAUACUUUAUUGGAUAUGGUAGAGUUUGGAGUAGAAAAUUUUAAAAGUGUGCAAGAAUUCAAAGUUGAAAAAAUUGCAACGGGAAUUAAACCAAUUCUUGUUUUCAAUGGUGAUGACUUUGAAUGCAAUCAACAGUACGUUAAGAUAAAAAAUCUUUUAGUUGAUAUGUUCCAACGUGAAUCAACUCAAAACAUACGCCUUCAAGGAUUGGAGCAUGUUUUAAGUUUCACAGCUAAUGAUGGAAAAAUUUACCUUCGUAGUUACAAAGUUUCAUUUAAAAAAUCAGGCACGAGAAUUCCUAAAGUUGAAUUAACAGAGGUUGGACCAAGUAUGGAUUUACAGAUCAGAAGAACCAAGUUUGCAUCUGAUGAUCUAUUUAAACAGUCUUGUAGGAAGCCUAAACAAUUAAAGGAAAAGAAAAAGAAAAAUAUCACAGUUGAUGGUCAAGGAUCGGUACUUGCAACUAUUCAUGUUGGAGCCCAAAAUAUCAGGAAUAUUCAAACUAAACGUAUGAAAGGAUUAAAAAGACAUUCUUUAGAAAACAAAAAAGUAGAGAAACGAAAAGCUGAGGAUUCAUCAGAGAAUCCAAAACAAGCAAAAAUUAGUAGUGAUAAAAUGGAUAACGAAUAAUAAAUCUAAUUAAUUAUUUUACUAGAUUUAAUUCUUAUACUAAAGAAUUGAUUUAAAUGUCUUCAUAUGAUGAAUAAAAAUUAAAUGAUUACCAACCAAGAAAGAAUUUUACAACUAUUUAAACCUAU